GCGGGAAGCGGGGCUCCGCGCUGGGACUGGUUCCUUCGCAGCCAUUUUCUGUCCAACCAAACAGCCGAUUUGCGGAGGGAGCCAACCAGGGCCGCACUGGAGGUUUGUGCCUGGCUCCGGCCAAUGAUUGGUAACCGGUUCCACUGCAGGCUCGAAUGAAAUGUCCGUCUCCCUCCUCGGGCCCCGGCGCCGCCGCCGCGCCGCCGCCGCGGGGACCAGGAAGUGGGGGGCGAGCAGCCCCCGGGCCCCGCCGCCAUCGGCUGCUCGCCCGCCUCUUUGUGCGGCCGGAGGGAGCGGGGCCGCGCGGCCGGGGGAGCGGAGCGGGCGGCGGGGAUUGGGAGAGGGGGAGAGAGAGAGGCGGGCGGGGAGAGAGGCGAGGCGGCGGCGGUGGCGGUGGCGGGGGGUCUCGGUGCGGCGGCUGCCCCCGUCUCGGCGGGGAGGUGCCCCCCCGGUUCCGGCUCCAUUUUGCGGCCUAGGCGGGGGGAGGCGGAGGCGGGAGCACGGUUGCCCCGCGGCCGUGUCCGCCGCGGGCCGGGCCGCGAGUGGUCGUAUUCCCCCCGUGCGGCCUCGGGGCCGCCUUCUCGGCGUGGGGAGGCUUCGCGGUCGGCACGGCGGGGGCCCCGCUUUGUUGCGGCUCGGCCGCGGUGCCCCCCUCCCCGCGGUGCGGCGGGAGGCCCCGACACCACGCCCAUGGCCGCCGCGCCGGGCCCGGCGUGGAGCGGAGCGGCCGCACCGCCGCGGUUGCGGUCCGCGAAGGAGCGUUGCGCGGGCUUGGAGCGCGGGGAGCGGCUCGGUGCAGCCGGGGUGGGGUGAGCGGGGCUGUGGGAGCCGCUGGCGGCGUGCUGCGGGGAGGGUGCUUUCCCGCCCCGCUGCAGCGGCCGCGCUGCCCGGCGAGGUGGCUGACAAUAAAGUUGCUGAACGCUUGGGAGCACGUUGUCUCGUUCCACCUGAGAGCAAGGAAUGAAAGGUGACCACCGACCAGGCGUGCAGUGGAGUGAGGAAGUGCGUAGGAAAGCACUUGGAGGCUGUGUGUAAAUAGGGUUUCCCUCCCCUGGCCCGCUGUGUGUGCUGUUGCAUCACUGAAGGGCGCGACAUCAGGAAGCGAGAUCGAUCAGCCCGCCGGGAUGCGGACCGAGCGGGGUCGGCGGGUCAACCAGUAACACAGGGACGGGUGGGGGAGAUGGAAGCACGCCUUUUCUAGGUGUCUGCCUGUACAGCUGUCGUAGGUGCUGCGAGUGAGCAGGUCGCUCUGUUCGCAGGUGUACCUCUGUGUGCCAGCUGCUGCUCUGGCCAGAAACUGCAGUUGGUGAUCCUGGAGGGAGCAAGAUUGUGUGAGUUGUUCAUAGGCAGUCACAGCAGAAGGGAAAACUAUCACCUGUUCUAACGAUAGUUCUGCAGCUAUUAAGAUACACAAGGUGAAAGAAUCAUGUAUUACGCAUCUCCGUGAAACUGUAAUAUGACAGAAGAUCACAGAAAACCAGUAGGCUUCUAGCUUUUCCAGUCUCUUUCAGGCUUAGCCAAGAAGUUUUUGUUCUCAUGUAAAAGUUACUUAGUGGGCUUGGGUUGGUUUUGGGAGGGUAGCGACCUGAGCACUUCUAGGCAGGCAGGGAGGUGGAAGCCUGGAUUUCAGCCCUCGAAUGGCAUCCUUUGGGCUGGGUAGCCUGUGCCUGUCUCGCCGUUACAUUGUAUGAUUUAGAUUUUAAAUGCAUCAAUUAAAAAUGCAUUUAAAAAAAUCUUAUUGCUUUGUUAAAAGAAGCCCAGACGAAGCAGGGACAGAAAGCUAAGUGGAAGGUGCUGCUUUGGGCAUUACUCACAGCCUGGCUUUAAUUGACUUGCAGGAGUGGAGAAGUGGUGUUUAUGUAUAAUCAUUAGCACAGUGUUCUUAACAAUAAGGUCAGUGAUUACUUGGUUUUAUUUAUGUGGCCUAUGGCACAGCACUUUAACGUUAGGGAAGAAUCCAGUUGUAAUUCCCUGGGAGAUCUGAGGUGAUUUAAUCUGAAUCACUAUCUCUGAGUUCUCCACUUGCUUCUCAUGCUCUGCCUUGAGCAGGUGAUUAUAUAUGGCCUUGGCUGCUAGCAUUGACAGCCAUGAAGCUAUAUUUGAAAGAAGCCAAGAUGGAAUAUUACUCUUCAGGCUUUAAUAUUUGACAAUUACAGCAGUUCAAAGUUCAGUACAGAACCUCUUAUUUGUAGUAAUGAUUACAUGAAGGGAGACAGUGUGCAGAGCUCUUUAUUUUUGGAGGGGAGAGGGAAACUUUCCAAGAUACCAUGAAGAUCCAUAACACGAAAUGCUGUAAAACUGUUUUGUGGUCAUAUCUUUUGUUUUGUCAACAAAAGGGGGGGGGGGGGGGGGGGGGAGGGGGAGGAAAAGAAGGAAGCUUGCAAGACUCUUUUCAGCUGAUGCUUUAAACUUGGCUUUUCAGAUGUGAUUUUUGACAUAGGACUUCAGAGAAAUAUGGAAUUUGGAAAAUGAUGUUUUAGUGCCAUGAUGCUGGGAAAACAUGCAAGCAGUCACACUGUACACACGUAUGGAGCAACACUUAAAAAUGACGUCAGUAGAAGGAAAGAAAUUGUUAGCAAGUGUAAGGAUUCUGCCUGAAAGUAGUGGCCUGUCCUGAACCAGCUUUGUGUAAACUCCUGGUCCUGCAGCUGGAGAGGAAGAAACUGUUCUUAACACUUAAUUGACGUACUGCCACAAUGAAGGAAAAGCAUAACCAAUUCACCAGUGAAAAAGACAGGGUUUACAGUUUGGUGCUUUAGUCAACAGAUACGCUUAGUUUUUCACCAGAGAUGCUAGGGAUGCACCAAAAACCCCAUAUGGAAACACAGCACAGUGCUUACAGUCAGUGCUGGAGCAGGAAGGAGCUGCUCAGGCUGAGUCCUUUCAGUGCCACUGCCUUGUUCAGCUUCUGCAAAAGCACUGACUUGUGGCCCAGGGCAUCAGGACUGGUGAGAUGGGCCAUGGUGUGUCUGACAUUACUGCCAGUUAUACUGAUGGAUGUGGGAAUGUGGAAGAGUGGGUGGGCCAUGCUGGGCUUCAUAACCUUUCCUCACAGCUGUCCAGAGGAAGGAACCCAGUACAGCCUGGGUACAGCACAGCCUGAAGUACUGCUAAUGAGUGUUAGUGAAGCUGUCAGGUCCUCUCAGCAUCAGUCUGCUGCUCCUGAUGCCGUUCUGCUGUUGCAGAAAAUGUUGUGUGUGAGAGAUUAGAGGAACUUGAGAUUGGGAGAGGCAGGGUGGCAUCUAUUUGUGUUCUAGCCAUGUGCCAAGGGGUUUUAGCUUUACAUUUCUGCGGAUGUGCUGGAGUGAUGCCCUGUGCCCGUGGGUGCAUUUACCAGGCAGCGUUUCCUGCUGUGGGAGGCUUUGCUGCCAGGUGCAGCAAGUGAGGGUGCAGAAAGCUUGGAUAAAACCUUGUUGUCCCCACUGGAUGUCAGGUGCUGCUUUUCAGGUUUACAUCUCCUAUGAUGGCACACAAGUAGAAAUGGAAAUGUGGACACAGAAGAGAACAAAAGCAAAUAUGGUACCUGAAAAAUGCAUUAAUCUAAUGAGGUCAAAAGUGCCAAGAGAUGCAGCGGGCUUUGAGAAGAGAUUCAAACAAGAAUUGUCCUUUGAAGAUGGAUGGUGAUAGCUCCACGACGGAUGCUUCUCAGUUAGGAAUUGCUGGAGAUUACAUUGGUGGCAGUCACUACGUGAUACAGCCUCAUGAUGACACAGAGGACAGCAUGAAUGAUCAUGAAGAUACAAAUGGUUCAAAAGAGAGUUUUAGAGAACAAGACAUCUAUCUUCCGAUUGCAAACGUGGCAAGGAUAAUGAAAAACGCCAUACCCCAAACAGGAAAGAUCGCUAAGGAUGCAAAAGAAUGUGUGCAAGAGUGUGUAAGUGAAUUCAUCAGCUUUAUAACGUCAGAAGCAAGUGAGAGGUGUCACCAAGAGAAAAGAAAGACCAUCAAUGGAGAGGAUAUUCUCUUUGCCAUGUCUACCUUGGGAUUUGAUAGCUAUGUUGAGCCUCUGAAGUUAUACCUCCAAAAAUUCAGAGAGGCAAUGAAAGGAGAAAAGGGAAUUGGGGGAACAGUUACAACUGGAGAUGGUUUAAGUGAGGAGCUCACAGAAGAAGCAUUUACUAAUCAGUUGCCAGCAGGCUUAAUAACUACAGACGGCCAGCAGCAGAACGUUAUGGUCUACACAACAUCGUAUCAGCAGAUCUCCGGUGUGCAACAGAUUCAGUUCUCAUGAUUUGAAGAAAACUUUGGAUCUGGGAACGUGAGAUGCAGAAGCUGUGCAACUCUAAUGAAAAGACAGUUUUAAUGACUGGUGAAGAGAUUUCUCUCUUUGUAUAUUAAAUAGCUGUAAUGUAGCUACCUGAAGCUUGACUAAUUGAGGUAUGAAUUCUGACUCAAAUCUUUUUCAUGAAUAAUUUUAAAGAAACAAAUUGGAUUUUAAAGGUAUUAAAGUAUUUUUGUUUUGUACAAGAGUUUGUUGCUCUGUAUAACUCCUGUAUGCAUUGUAUAUUGCAAUUUAUUACUGUCAGAGAUUUGUAGACAGUUUCUUAUUUUCAUAUUGAAUCAUGUUACUUUUGUAAUUCAGGUAAACAGCUGGGUUAAUUCAUGUUUACCCUUUGAAUAAAAUUGUAAGGGUAAAGUUCA